AGGAGGCAGCUCCUUUCCAGCCCUCCCUCCCUCUCUCAGGCUUUCGCGUAUUGAGCCUACAAAGGAAGGGAAACCGCAAGUGUUUUCCUCUCUGACGGAAUGUUCCCCUUUUCUGUAGCUGGUGUUUCUGGGUGUAGACGACGGUGUGUGUGAGGUUGAGGUACAGCUGUAAAUGUGGUCAGCCUCCCGCAAGCGCGCAGCCUGGACUCAUUAUAUAGACCCUCAGACAGGAACUGGUCCCCAAUCUCUCCGCUUUUCCUCCCCUGUCAUCAGAGAGAGAGAGUCUCUGACUAAUCCCCUCUCCCAAGUACACAGUGAGAAAAGGGAGAGUCAGCUCCUCCUUUCCGGGACAUACUGGUAGACGUUCUCGAUCAGCAAACGUCCGGAGGAGAAUCUCUCUGAAGACCUGGCUUUGUAGUUUGAACAAUCUUGGGACCUGACAGUCCUGUCGCUGGACCUGCCAACAGGGUAUUGGAACAGGAGGGACACGAAGUAGGUACAUCAAUGGAUCUGUGUGGGUUGUGGAGAUGAGGAGGUACAUAAUGGCUCAACAUGGGAACAUGACAGUGCUCUAUCAAGGUUUUGCAAAUGCUAUCAGCAGCUCUACUGCGAACAGUAGCCUCCUCGAUGCUGACCUGCCUCACACCAGCCUCCCUCAAACCAACACCAGCUCAGUACUGUGCCCAUGGAAACCUGCCACCUCGUCAGUGUCUGUUGCAAUCCCCAGCUUCUCCAUGACUCUGGGCGCCUUGUCCAACAUCAUUGCUCUUGUCAUCCUGAUCAAAUCCUACGCCAGGUUCCGCAGGAGGUCCAAAGCCACCUUCCUGCUCUUCGCCAGCAGCCUGGUGCUGACCGAUUUCGCCGGGCACAUCAUCCCAGGUGCGCUGGUCCUUCGUCUCUACUCGGAGGAAAUUGUCAGCACCGGGCCAAUGUGCCAGUUUCUGGGGGGCUCCUUGGUGUUCUUUGGCCUGUGCCCACUCUUCCUGGGCUGCAUCAUGGCAGUUGAGCGCUGUGUCGGUGUCACAAAGCCCCUGCUCCAUUCAGCUGUGGUCACAUCCACCAGGACUAAGCUGGCCAUUGUCCUUCUUUGGCUGACAGCCGGAUUUGUCGCUUUCCUGCCUUUUCUGAACUUUGGCCGAUAUGGCGUCCAGUGCCCAAGGACCUGGUGUUUCAUCCACCUGGAGGGCCCUGCCCAGCACUGGACAGAGGAUGCCUUUGCUCUGCUCUUCUCUCUCUUGGGAAUGAUGGCUCUGUUAAUCUCACUGAUCUGCAACACCAUCAGCGGGGUGACGCUCAUCCAGGCCAGGAUUAAGAAGCAGAAUUGUAACCGCAGAGCAAAAUCCCAUGACAUCGAAAUGGUUAUCCAAUUAAUUGGGAUCAUGAUGGUGUCCUGUGUUUGCUGGAGCCCUCUUCUGGUGACUGUUGGUCUAAGGAGAAUCCAGAGCAUUGAGGAAGUGUCCUGGUUAAGCUUCCUCGGGGUACGCAUGGCUUCCUGGAAUCAGAUUCUGGAUCCCUGGGUGUACAUCUUGCUCCGACGAGCAGUCCUCAGGAAGGUUUAUACCAUGCUCGUAAGAAAGACUGAAUUCAAUAAGAGCAAAUUUGACCGUUGGGAGUUUAGCUCCUUUCAGAGCUCAGAACGCAGUGUCAUCAACAAAUUCUGAAUGGAGAUGUCUGGUGAGGAUUGGAAGCUGAAGACAUUGGUGAUGAGUCUCACUCCCGGCCACCUUGAGAGGAAUGUCAGGUCUCCCCAGCUGGCACCCAAGGAAGCAGACAUGGUUCAGAGAAGAACUUGAUCCCUCGGGGUCCUUUAGAGCUGCUGACUGUCAAUGUAGCAGCAGAUUAUUUUAACCCAUUGGGAUCUGACUCAGAUCACCGUGUCCUAUGGAUCGAGAAGCUCAGUGUGAAACCGAUUGAAUGUACCUUGAGUCCCAGAGGAUUAGAUCUGGUCUAAAGACUGUGCAAAACUGACUGACCAAGUGCGAGGACAAAUCAUUUCUUUGGGCUUCAGUUGGUGUGAGCCAACACUGGAGAAUCAACAAGUAGAAUGCUUUCACGUCAAAUGAGAUUUGGGGAGGGUGAGUGUGGCUUGGUAACACGCAGGGCGGGCGAAAGCCAUGGAAGCCAUGACCCCAACUAAGCAGUAACUCGAUGGUGAAGCAAACAUUGGGCUCUACCUCAAGGUCGACGGUGUGGAGAGUUCAAAAUUGAUCUGGUAACUCUCGAGUCAGCUGAGAAAUGCUGGCCUGGUUUGACGUAGGGCUUUUCCUGGUGAAAAGUUGAUUCCUUGGAUUUGUUGGGGGUUGCGGUGGUGAGGGGAGGAGAAGGUAGUUUGUUGGCACCUCCAUCAUAAACGCCCUCCUUGCUCUUUCACUUUGGAGGGUCUUUUGGGGAAUUUCUGACUUGGGAAGUAGGGAAUAUGACGAUGAAAGGAUGGAGGGGCAUAGGGAAUUCAACACUGUGAAGAACCAAAUCUCCUCCAGCCUAUGGGUGAAAAGCAGGAAGCGUUAGAACACACGACAGCAAACUAUUACCAAGUGAUGACAGGAAAGGAAAUUCAUUCCCAUUGGCUGUGUGUCUGUCAUUGGUGUUUGAUGUCACAACUGUCUAGUUGUUUGGCCAAAGCUUUCUAUGAUUUUGUCUGUAUGCCUGGGGAAUGUUGUACCUACAGCUGUAUCAAAUCUCCAAAAUUACAGCAUUGGAAUCAAACUCUCGUGCUGUCAUGGUUGCAGCCUGCAUGAUACUGAUGCCCCAACAAGCCCAUUUAUUUU